AUGUCCAAGAUCACAGUCGCCGGAGUGCGUGAGAAUGUCAAGCAGGUGCUUGACUACUCUCUCAACGAGAAGAAGCGUAACUUCCUCGAGACCGUUGAGCUUCAGAUCGGUCUGAAGAACUACGACCCCCAGCGUGACAAGCGUUUCUCUGGCACCAUCAAGCUCCCCACCAUCCCCCGCCCCAACAUGAGCAUCUGUAUUCUUGGUGACCAGCACGAUCUUGACCGUGCCAAGCACCACGGCAUCGAUGCCAUGUCCUCCGACGACUUGAAGAAGCUCAACAAGAACAAGAAGCUCAUCAAGAAGCUUGCUCGCAAGUACGAUGCCUUCCUUGCUUCCGAGGCUCUGAUCAAGCAGAUUCCCCGUCUGCUCGGUCCCGGUCUGUCCAAGGCCGGUAAGUUCCCUACCCCCGUCGGCCACGGCGAGGACAUGCAGGCCAAGGUCAACGACGUCAAGUCCACCAUCAAGUUCCAGCUGAAGAAGGUUCUCUGCCUCGGUGUCGCCAUCGGCAACGUCGGCAUGACCGAGGAGGAGCUUGUUGCCAACCUCAUGUUGUCCGUCAACUACCUCGUCUCCCUGCUCAAGAAGGGCUGGCAGAACGUUGGCAGCCUUGUCAUCAAGGCUUCCAUGUCUCCCCCCCACCGUGUCUACUAG